UUUACGUGCGGUUUGGCUCGGCUGUGUUACCCUUGAACACCCUGCCUUUGGCAACACUUCGCCGUCGUCAACGUUCAGUCGAAACGAACCCUACUCGUCACGGUGACAACCAGAUCGCCCCGCCUUCUCAUGCGGCGGUUCCUCCUCACCGCAGUCGCCAUGUCGUCUUCGUCUUUCUCCACUAUCUCCUCAUCUUCCUCUUCCCCUUCCUCCUGCUCGACGCUAUUUUCUGCAGCCUUAACGAACCGUACAGUGACAGUCCGCCUCUUGCGUCGGAGGCGACCCACCAAUGGUGGUUCCCUCGCGAUUCGUACUGCUUAUUCCUUGCGCUGUUUCGCUUCCAUGUCCUCCGCCGAACGCAUCAAAGUUCACAAUCCGAUCGUCGAGAUGGAUGGUGAUGAGAUGACUAGGGUCAUCUGGAGGAUGAUUAAAGAAAAGCUUAUAUUUCCAUACCUCGAAUUGGACAUCAAGUACUUCGAUCUGGGUCUUCCGAACCGUGACGCCACUGAUGACAGGGUCACCGUAGAAAGUGCUGAAGCUACACUGAGGCACAACGUUGCAGUGAAGUGUGCAACAAUAACGCCUGAUGAGGCCAGAGUUAAGGAGUUUAAUCUCAAAUCCAUGUGGAGAAGCCCCAAUGGGACUAUAAGGAAUAUUUUAAAUGGAACCGUCUUUCGGGAGCCAAUUCUUUGCCAAAACAUACCACGCAUAGUUCCUGGUUGGAAGAAACCUAUAUGUAUAGGUAGGCAUGCAUUUGGAGAUCAGUAUCGAGCAACUGACAUGAUUGUUAAAGGUCCUGGGAAGCUUAAAAUGGUUUUUGUCCCUGAAGAUGGAGGUGCACCUACAGAAUUAGAUGUUUAUGAGUUUAAAGGAACCGGUAUUGCAUUAUCUAUGUAUAAUGUUGAUGAGUCUAUUCGAGCUUUUGCUGAGUCAUCAAUGUCCAUGGCACUUGCAAAAAGAUGGCCACUUUACUUGAGUACCAAAAAUACCAUAUUGAAGAAAUAUGAUGGCAGGUUUAAGGACAUAUUUCAAGCAGUAUAUGAGGAAAAAUGGAAGAGCAAGUUUGAAGAACAGUCAAUAUGGUAUGAGCACAGGCUGAUUGACGAUAUGGUAGCUUAUGCAGUGAAAAGUGAUGGUGGUUAUGUGUGGGCAUGCAAAAACUAUGAUGGAGAUGUCCAGAGCGAUUUUCUUGCACAAGGAUUUGGUUCUCUGGGUUUGAUGUCUUCUGUACUGUUGUCAUCUGAAGGGAAAACAUUGGAGGCUGAAGCAGCACAUGGAACUGUGACUCGACAUUUCAGGCUAUAUCAGAAAGGACAAGAGACUAGUACUAAUAGUAUUGCAUCUAUAUUCGCAUGGACACGUGGCCUUGAGCACAGAGCGAAACUCGAUAAACAUGAAAAACUACUAGACUUUGUCCAGAAGCUUGAGUCUGCAUGCAUUGAAACAGUGGAACUUGGUAAAAUGACGAAGGAUCUUGCACUUCUUAUCCAUGGUCCCAAAGUGUCAAGGGAUCUCUAUUUGAACACUGAAGAAUUCAUUGAUGCUGUUGCUCAAAAUCUCAAAGAUAAGAUCCAAACAGCAUCAAGCGUUUAGUGUAGUUUUGCAAUUGGCCAAACAGCAUCAGCACUGUUUCCUAAAGGUUAGAGUUUGACAUGUCAAAUUUGAAAGGAUCAAGUUGGCCACCUUCGACCAAACAUCAGGUUCAAUGUGGGAGACAAGAUGUUCUUUGUAUGGGCAUUCAAUCUGUGUCUACGUAACUCCUAAAAGUGUUAAUUAACAUUUGUCUUUCGACUCUCUCAACUGAUGAAUCCUACUUCAGAAUGUGAUUUAUAACUUUAUUUUAUCCAUUUAUUUAUUGUUUUGGUCACGUUUCUAUCUUUA